CGUCAGGAGUCCUCUUGAAACUAAUAUAAAGCUUUGGACAGAAGUCUUCUUGUGAAAAGGAAAAACUCCUUAUUACUUGAGGAGCACCAGAGAAGUUGACACAAUGGCAUCUCCAGCCCCUCUGUCCAAGGCCAACACCACCUUCUCUCUGGCUUUGCUCCAAAAGUUUGGAGAUGACGACAAGACGGCAAACAUCUUCUACUCCCCUUUCAGCAUCUCUUCAGCCCUGGCUAUGGUGAUGCUGGGGGCCAGAGGCAACACAGCCACCCAGAUGUCAGAGUGCCUGAAAACCAAGGAUUGUCAGGAUGAUGUCCAUGUUAGCUUUGCCCAACUGCUGAGCGAGCUCAACAAGGCUGAUGCUCCGUAUACCCUCAGUGUUGCCAACAGGCUGUACGGGGAGCGGUCCUUCCAGUUUGUUGAGGAUUUCUUAGAAAAAAACAAGAAUCACUACAACGCAGAGCUGGAGACUGUGGACUUCAAAGGUGGCUCAGAGGCCGCCAGACUCAAGAUCAACAGCUGGGUGCAGAAGCAGACUCAAGAUAAAAUUAAGGAUCUGUUGGCAGAGGGUGACGUGGACAGCCUGAGCAGGCUGGUGCUGGUUAAUGCCAUCUACUUCAAAAGUAACUGGAACGAGAAGUUUCAGCAGCAUGACACACAUGAUGCUCACUUUAGACUCAACAAGAAUGACACCAAGCCAGUGACGAUGAUGCACCAGACAGCAUUGUUCCCUUUCUCCAACAACCCUAAGGCCAACUGCAAGAUCCUAGAGAUGCCUUACAAAGGGAAGGAGCUUAGCAUGCUCAUCUUUUUACCCAAUGAGAUGGAGGACACCUUCGCAAGCAGCGACAUUAGCUUACCGACCUGUAGCUGGGCUAGAGCAAGCUGUUAA